UCAAACAAAGUCGUCUCUGAAUUUCUGAUUUGGUGGAAAGUCAAAACUCGAAAUUAACAAAUAAUUAAAAAGUGAGGUUAGGUUUUUACUGCCUUGGUUAGAAGUUUUAAAAAUCCGUGAAGUGGAAAAAUUUACUUCUUCACAACAAAAAAUCGAAAGGAAGCCGAUUUUUCAGGUUAAAAUAAGAAUAUUAUAUAACCGAGUUAACAAAAGUUCUGCAAACAAAUGUCUACCACGUAUUUAAAAUCCUUGAGUGAUGAGCAAAUAAGAGAAUUUUUGGAUUCUUUUGAUACCAUUUUAACAGAUUGUGAUGGAGUUCUAUGGUUGAACGUGCAGAAAUUGUUCAAAACUUCAGACGUCUUGAACACUUUUCGCAGUCUGGGGAAAAAAAUUUUCUUUGUGACAAACAACAGCCUCCAAACUACGAAGCAAUUUGUCGAAAAAUGCAAAAACAUGGGCUUUAUCGCCGAGGAAGAGGAUAUGCUUUGUACUUCACUACUGGUUGCAACUUAUCUCAAAGAGUUGAACUUUAAAAAGAAAGUCUAUAUUGUUGGCAGCGAGGGAAUAGCAAAGGAAUUGGCAGCUGUCGGUAUAGAAAGUUUUGGUUGGGGUCCAGAUGUUUUAAACGAUAUUUCUGAAGUUCCGAAAAUAAAAAGAGACCCUGAAGUGGGUGCAGUUAUCAUUGCUUUUGACGAGCAUUUGAGUUACCUCAAAAUGGUGAAAGCAGCCACAUAUCUGAGGGAUGAAAAUUGUCUUUUUAUCGCUACAAAUAUGGAUGAAAAUUUUCCUGGGGAGGUAUUCAUGUACCCAGGAACUGGCGCAUUCGUCCGUUUUGUGGAGACCUGUGUCGAUAGAAAACCGAUCAUCCUGGGAAAACCAGAACCCUACAUGAGCAGCAUUAUUAAAAAAACUUACAACGUUGAUCCGAAACGAACUUUAAUGAUUGGAGAUCGAGCAAAUACCGACAUUCUUCUGGGGACUCGUUGUGGUUUUAAAACACUUCUGGUUCUUUCUGGUGUAACUUCUUUGAAAGAUUUGGAAACAUGGAAAAAUUCUGACGUCCCAGAGGAAAAAGAGUGGCUUCCUGAUUUUUACACGGACCAAUUGGGAGACCUUCUCCCUUUUCUAGAAAAGUACAAAGCAGAGAAAAGUACUUAAUGAAAGUACAAGUGACUUAAAUCAAAUUUAUUCCAGUUGAAUUUAACCAAUUUUUAUAAGAUUAUUUGCAAUUUCUUAAAAGCGAUAUACUUUAGUUUGUAAAAAAUUAAUUAAUAAAAAA